AUGGUGGUUCCACUACAUGGACAUACUCCUGGAGAAGCUCGACGGGCAUACCUACGAUGGGUCCGACUUUUUGGACCACCCGAGAGGUUGAUGACUGACUUGGGGCGAGAAUUCCAAGGAGCUUUUGAGAUCGGCGCAGAAAUGGAUGCAACCUACAUAGAACCGAGUGCAUUGGAGAUGCCUACCCAGAGGAGCAUCACAGAGCGGGCGGGCAAACAGUUCAAGGAGGUGCUGUCCAAAACUAUGAUGCAAUAUGCUUGCCAAAAUGAGGCAGAAUGGAUGGAGCUGAUCGACAUCACCAUGAUGACAUGCAACCGUUUAGCCAACAAGUCAGGCUACAGUCCCAUACAACGGGUCUUGGGAUACACACCGAGAGUUCCUGGAGGCCUCAUGACCGGCGGAGGCAAUGAUUGGGCCGCUCUUAGCGGAAUGAGUGGAGGUGAUGUACAAGUCCAGAGAGCCGCGGCAAUGAGACUGGCUGCAGCAAAAGCGUUCCAUGAAGCCGAUUGCAACCAAGCCCUGAGGAACUCAAUACACGCUGGACAUCGACCGGUCCGAGAAUUCGAGGUGGGUCAAAUGGUUUAUUUCUGGCGGAAAGGCAUGGACUUGAAACGCAAGGAUCGGCCAGAAUACUGGAGAGGACCCGCUAGGGUCGUAUUGACAUCACCUCCGAAUUCCAUCUGGGUCGUCUACAGAGGCUAUGUGGUAAAGGCUGCCCCGGAACAUCUACGCCACGCAUCGGAGGAAGAGAGGUUUUCACUUUCCCAAUGGAUUGAGGACAUUGCCCAGACCCGGGAUGAUAUCCAACGAGCUCCACGACGUGGCUUCAUCGACUUGACCAAGCUCGAGAUCCCUGAGGACAAGCCGGAGAUACCCUCCAUUGAGGCCGAGACCGAAGUCAUUCCAAAGACCCGACUCACCGGGAAGAUUAAACCCGAACAAGUGGUGCCUCGAGGAGUCCCAUCUGAUGAAUGGAGGUAUGACCCGGCCAGUCUACUUUUAAUCCGAGUUCAUCGACUUCCAAGAGUACAACUGUUCCAUCCUCGAGAAGCCCACAUGGAUUGUCCCGUUGACAUCACCCGGAUCCAAUUUCCACGACGCACAAUGAUGGUCACCCGAGAUACUGGAGAAGCAAAAGAAGUACAUGAUACUUGGAAUGUUGAAGAAAAGGGUAGGAUCAACUACCCCCAGUGGACUGGGACGACCACCUUUCAGCUGGAUCCAGAGGAACUUGAUACGGAGGAGCAGAACCCAGAGGAGCCACAGCCCAACGUCGCCGAGUUCGGAGUAAUUUUACCGCCGUUUUCCGAGAUGCAGAAUGACGAGGUCCUCGACCCCGAGCUGACCGACGACAAGGCCGACUCCCAGGUGAGAAGGAGCGAGACUGAAGAGCACGACGUGUCUGAAGAGCCGGAGGACGAGAACAUGGAUUCGAGAGGAACUACGAGAAGUGCGGAAGAGAUGGAAUCGAAUGAGGAGAAUGAGGAACCUUCUGCAAAAAGAUUGAAGGCUGAAUUCCUAGAGGUCCUCCACCAGACGAUUGAGAAGGCCAUGCAGAACAAGAUGAAAAAGGAGAUCAGCUUCAAGCAGCUUGGGACGGAGAUCAAGGAGAAGUUCAUGAAAGCUAUCCAAAAGGAGGUUCGUAACAACAUCGAGACCGGUGCCUACGAGGUCCUUGAUGCAGAAGAGUCCGAACAUGUUAGAAGAACGAAGGGGGACAAGAUAGUCAAAUCUAGAUAUGUCCUCACCGAAAAACCUAUCGAGCCUGAGGACGUGCCUGCCGCGAUCACAGAACAAAUUGAUAUCCUGGAUGAGCCCGAGAACCCAAAGAAGGCCAAGGCCCGACACGUGAUGAAGGGUUUCAGUGAAGAAAACUCUGAAUACCUCGAAGUAACGACACCACAGGUUUCAAGAGAUAGCGUGGUCUUUGUCCUUCAACUUCUCAGCAGUUUACGAUGGGUACCCGGCUACUUGGACUUCACCCAGGCCUUUCAUAGUGGAGAUCCGCUGGUACGAGAGAUAUAUGCUGAACUACCUCCUGAAGGACUUCCUGGAGUCAACAGCCGACAACUACUGAGGCUUCGAAAAUGCUGCUAUGGACUACUCGAUGGACCCUUCCAAUGGUUCUCACACUUGACCAGAGUGCUCACGGAGGACCUUGGCUACGAACAGAGUUCUACUGACCCGUGCGUGUUCAUGCUCUUUAACCAACAUCGGCAACUACAAGGAAUAGUGGCAGCGGCAACCGAUGACCUUCUACAUGGUGGAAACUCCGAGCACUGGAAACGAAUGGAGCAGCUGAACCAAAGGUACAAGCUUGGGAAGUUUUCCAAAGGAGAUGGACGCUUCGUGGGCAAACAAAUCACCGUGUCAUCGGACGGAAGCAUCCUGAUGAAUCAGCCCCUUUACACGAAGGCAAAGGUCAAACCAAUUCCAAUGACAAUGGACAGGAAGAAAAGAAAAUUCUCCCUUUGUACCGAAGCUGAAGUGACACAGCUUCGAGGAUUGCUUGGAGCUCUGGCCUGGCUCUCAAAAGAAACACGGCCUGAUCUGGCGGGACGUGUCGCCCUACUUCAGCAGUGUAUGCCUCACCCUCAUGUUCAAGAUAUGCUGGAGGCCAAUGCCGUGGCUCGUGAGGCUCUACUACAUGCUGAGCUCGGCAUCAGGGUCUACCCGAUACCACCAGAACAUCUUCGGGUUGGAACCGUAACAGAUGCCUCCUGGGGAAAUGUCCGAGGACCCUAUCAAGACCAACCAGAAGAACAGGAUUAUUGGGUUGAAGAGCCAAACAGCUGGGUUCGAAUACACCGAACCCCCAGGAGGAUACUCUUUCAUCCCGGCGGUGAUCCAGGCGGCCCUGACCUUUAUGAGAUCGGUGAUGAGAGAUGGACUAUCACAGAAGAAGGCAACAAACUGGAGGACAGCUGGAACAACAGAGACAGUCAACGACCUUUUGGAGACGGCCCCUGGACUGGAAAAACCGUGUUCCCAAAGCAGAAACUACCAGCUAAGGAGAGGAAGCAAAUAUGUGAGAAGUUUAUCCAGAAUCAAAAUCUGGGAAGCCAAGGAGGCUACAUCACCUUCUUCUACGAUGGCCGUAUGGAGACCGAGGAACAACCGUUUGCCAUCUCCAUAGUUACCUGGAAGAGUUACAAGGUGAGAAGAUGCACCGUGAAUACGCUCUCUGCAGAGUGCCAAGCUAUGAUACAAGGCAUCGGCUCUCUUCACCUACUUCGAGCCCUACUUACAGAAACGAGAGGAGUCAAGCUCGAGCGUGGUACGUGGGAACAGGAGAUUGGCCGGACUCCCUUCAUCGCCAUCACCGACAACAAGUCGCUCUAUGACACGGUGAACAAGUGUCGCAACACGGUCUAUCCUGAGUGGAUGCAGUCUCAAUCUCAGUACAGAGGGCGCAUCCGUUCCUUCAGCGAAGCCAAAGGUUUCGGCUUCAUCGACUGCCUGGAGACGAUGCAGCUGUUUGGCAGAGAUGUCUUCGUGCACAAGUUCCAACUGCACGAAUCAGGGGCGUGGGUUGGGCAAGACGUUCUCUUUGAGGUGGAGCUCAAUAAGACCGGUCACCCCCAGGCGCGAAAUAUGUCGUUGGCCAACCCCGCAGAAGGAAUGUGGGACUACAGUGCUUGGUACGAGAACAACAACAUGCAGUAUAGUGGCUACGACUACAACUCCAACACCAUGCCUCAGAGGAGCUCAUCUCCUCCGAGUCAGGCUCCGAGAGAUACAGAUCCUGCGGUCUCGAAGCAGAACAUUGAGGACAUGAUCCGACAAUGCAACUCCCCUGCGAGGAUGCAGGAAAUCAUCGAGCAGUACGGCCAGCACUUCAUGAAGCGGCACGUGGUGACGGCUCUGUACCAGUUGGGGCUUUGUCGGCAGCACGACAAGAAGCAGGGCAACCUGCAGGCCACAGAAUCGGGGUCGCUGACGCGCGCCUUGAUUGAUCGCUUAGUCCACAUCCCAGCUGAAGAACUCGCGGCCGAUGAGGCCGCCAACGUUCAGUGGGCUUUGGCUGCGCUGGAAGAGGUGAAAACGCAUCCGCGUGCGCACCAGUAUGCCUUCCAGUUGGGUCAGCAAGCGAAGAAGAGGUACAUGGAGUUCUCACCCUCACAGAUGGCCACCUUCGUCUCUGCCCUCUCCAGGCUGGUGCAACAGCCCAGCGAUGAUGAGCUUGUUUGUCAGAUCGUGACACAAUUUUCGGAGUAUUCCUCUGGAAAUGGCACUUUCCCCCGAUUUCCACCUGAGGAGCUAAAGACCUGGACGGCCUUCCUGCAAGAGGCCUCCCAGCCCCUACAGCAACGGCCGAACCCGAUGCAGCAGCAGGCUGCAAUGGGCAUGGGCGGAAUGCCACAGAACAUGGGACAGAUGCGACCGAACUUCCCGCAGGCUUGGGCCGAGCUUCAGUGCCUUACCCGUAGGGUUGGGCAUCCUGCACACCGUUGGCCGGGUGUGAGGGAUGUUCUUGAGCAACCCCUUUCGGCGGCGACUGUCAGACUCUCUCAGCUCUUGGUACUGCAAGGAGGGGAGGCCAUUUCGAUCGUUUUCCAUCCUUUUCAUUUCUUGUCCUUCUUUUUUGUUGAUGACACUCAGCAUGUCACACACAGCAUGUGUGAGCAAUUGUGAGCCUUUCC